AUGGCGGCGGUGUCAGCCGCGGCGGGGCAUGGCGGGGGGUCCGGGGGUGCCGGGGAUCCGGGGGGGGUCCCGGGUCCGGGGGUGCCGGUACCGGCAGCGCGCGAGGAAAGUUUGCCCGAAGUUGGCGCCCGCCGCACUUUUGCCGCGGGAAGCGCGGCGCCGGACACGCCCCCUCCGAGCCCCGCCCACGCCCCGCCCCGCGGACACGCCCACCCCGGCCUCGGGUCCGCCUACUCGCGCGCGGUGGGGAGCGCCCCCCUCGCCCGCUUCCAGCCCCGUUUCAGGGUCCCCGCAGCCCCCGCCGGGCCUCCCAAUACCAAGCGGGUCCCGUCCCCCCCUCCCCGGGGUCUCUCCCGUUACGAGCCGCCCCCACUACCGGGGCCCCCCAUCCCCGUUGGGGUCCCCCCACCGCGGGUUGCCCCGCCCCCCAGCCCCGCCCCCGCCCGACUUCCGCCCGCGCCUUCGCCAGCUUGUGACGUCACUUCCGCCGGCCAGCACAAGAUGGCGGCGCCCUUGGGGCGAGUGUUGGCGGCGGCGCUGGGCCGGGCCCGGGUCUCGGUGGCGUUCGCGGCCCCGGCGCGGCCUUACCGGGCGCUUCCGCUGCGGCGCAGGACGGGCCCGGCCCCGGCGGACCCCGCGGACCUGCGGGCGGCGGCGCGGCGGUUCGGGCGGUUGGGGGAGGCGUCGGGGGUCCCGGUUUGGCAGCUUUGGCCGGACGCCGAGCGGCUGCGGGAGCUGGAGGCGGAGGAGCGGGAGUGGGACCCGCCGCUGCGGGAAGUGCAGGCGGCGCUGGACCGGCGGGAGCGGGAGGAGGCGCGGCGGCGGGAAGAGAGGCAGCAGCUGGUGGCCCGCAGCCUGGCGGCAAUGCCAGCACGAGUGAGUGCCUGGCGGCAGGAACGGGCGCAGGCACGAGAGCGGCAGCGGCAGGAGGCAGCGCGGCGGCAGCGGCUGCUGGCCGAGGCUGGAUUGGGGGGGCCCCCCCGAGCCGGGACCCCCCACCGUGACAGCCCCCGGGCCCAGGCGCUGCUGCAGGACCUGGAGCAGCGACAGCGGCGGGAGGAAAAGCGCCGGCGGCGGCAGGAGCGAGCGGAAGCUGCCCGUAGUGCCAUGGCUGCUGCUGAGGCUGCCGCUGCCUCCCGGCCCCCCCCAGGAGUCCCCCCUGAGAGCACGGGGGCCGUCUCCUCCUGAGUCCCCCGUCCUCUCCCCCGUAUUACACCCACACAACCCCAAACUGGGUUUAAAAUUCUGCGUUUAAUUUCA